CAGCACGGGACCAGCAUCCCUCCCGGCCUGGGGAGCCUCUCUGUCCUGUGCACCCCAAAACUGAGGGUCCCUCUGGGCACACAGGUAAGGACUGAGCCGGGAGCUAUGGCAGAGCGCCGGGCGGCCACCAAGGGCCGGCGUAUGGGCUCCAGCCGGCGAAGGCAGCUGCAGGAGGGCUCCGGUGAGGCACCGGCAGCAGCUCCCAGCCCCAGCGAGGAGCUGCCGGGAGCAUCUGAAAUGGUGCAGAGAAUGCAGGACUUCUUCAGGAAGCAGGACAAGGACCAGGCGGGGUUCGUCACCCGCUCAGACAUGCAGAAACUGCAGGAGGAAGAUUUCCCAUGCAGCACAGAGGAGCUGGAGCUCAUCUUUGAUGGGCUGGAUGCUGCCGGCACCGGGCGGUUAAGCACCGAGGAGUUCACUGCCGGGCUCUGGCAGUUCCUGAGCUCCCAAAAAGCUACCAGGAAUCACCGCCGGCGGAAAACAGCAUCCCGGAGGGUCCGCUUGGUCCUCCCCAGCCCAGCGAUGGAUGGGGCGGACAGUGAGGAGCAGAGACACUUUGCUGCCUUCAUGGAGCAGCUGGGCACGGACAACGUCUCUGAAGAACAGGAGAUCUGGCAGCUCUGGGUGAAGCUCCGGGAGGACGAACCCCAACUCCUGGGCAACCUGGAAGACUUUCUGGCCAAGAUGAGGCACCGUAUCCAAGAAGCCAGGAGCAAGAAGGAGGCUUUGAAGGCGACCCUGAACAAGCGUGUGGCUGAGCAUGACAAGGAGGUGCAGCAGCUCUGUGAGGCCCUGGAGCAGCAGAUUCAGCAGGAGCAGCAGCGGCUGGAGCAGCAGAGCGUGGCCCGGAGCCACCAGCACAGCAUGGAGCUGCAGCGAGCGCUGGAUGCCAGCGAGAGGGAGGUGCAGCGCUUGGUCAUGGCACAAAUGGAGCUGGAGAUGCGGUGCCGCAGCCUCCGCAGCAUGCAGCAAGCCACCAGCACUGAAAACCAGCAGCUGGAGGAGAGCAACCGGGUGCUGGAGGACCGCCUGCAGCACCUCCACCAGCAGCUCCAGCAGACCCACGGGCGCCUGCAGACAGCGAGGGCUGCGGUGGCUUGGGAGAACGUGGAGGAGCCCGGGGACAGAGUGGCUGCAGAGCUGCCCAGCGAGAUGCCCCCAUCCCCACAGAUGAGUCCGGAGAAGAGUGAGAAGUACCGCUCCGAGAUGUGGACCAGGCUGGGGUCCCAGAGUGGCAAGCCCAAAGUCAAGAGCACCCACCAAGUGGUUUGGGAAAUGCUGCCAGCAGAAAUAAGCCUUUUGGGAGCCCCGCUGAGAGCGAGCUCCAUGGAAGAGGACCCCUUCCCAGAAUUUCUCAAAAAGGAACACUUUUCUAACCAAAGCUCUUUGCUAAGAGAGAUGAAUGAUGCAAUAGCGGCUCUGAGCAAACAGCUGAAGCCACAGGCACCGGCUACACCCCCUGUGCCAGCAGACGCUGCCUGUCACCCCCAGGAUGAUGCUGAGCCCCAAACGGGGCCGGAGGCAGCCACAGCCCAUGGCACAACCCCCGGGGUCCUGCAAGAGACCCUCCCCAGCCACGUCGCUCACGAGCCGUUUGAAGGAGACCUGAAAGAGAGACCGGCCGCAGCUGAGCUUUGUGCUCUGGACACGACACAGGCUGAUGUGUGGCGGCUAGGCGCUUCGGGACAGGCAGUCCAAAGCGAGCUUCAGGAGCAGGUCUCGGCACAGGCAGAUAAGGUGAGGCUUCACACUGCUUGCCAGCAGCUGAAGGAGAAGCCACUGCAUGUGAUGGAAACAGAGCAGGUAGCUGCCGGACCUGCUGAACCUCCAAAACAAGAGAUGCCACCAGUAUCAACCCUUCACAUGAGGGUCCAACAGGAGGAAGAUGCUGGGAAUGACCAGCUGGGGAUGGUCCUUGGAGACAGCUCACUGAGGGAUGCAGACAACAGCAGCAUGCAGCCUCAAAAGCAACACUUGGGAGAACAGAGUGAAGACCUUAAUGUUGAUCAAUGGGAGAAGAAGCAAGAAGUUGGGCGGAGAAUGAGCCAGAAAGGUGAGCCCAGCCCAGGAAAGCCAGGGCCUGUGACUGCAGAUGGGGGAGGACCUGCCCCAAGGGGUUCUCCUGAAGCCUCCCUGGAGCCAGACCACCUCUACAACGUGCUGUUCAUCGGGGACUCCCACGUGGGCAAAACAUCAUUCCUGUACCGGUUGCACGCCGACACCUUCAACCCACACCUCACCGCCACAGUAGGACUGGAUUAUCAGGUCAAAAACCUCAUUGUGGACAACAAGCACUUUGCUCUCCGCCUGUGGGACUCAGCUGGUCAAGAAAGGUACCACAGUAUGACCAAGCAGUUCUUCCGGAAGGCGGAUGGUGUUGUGCUGAUGUACGAUAUCACAUCGGAGUACUCCUUCUCAGACGUGCGGUACUGGCUGAGCUGCAUCCAGGAAGGAGCAGAAGAUGGAGUUGCUAUUCUGCUUCUUGGGAACAAAACCGACUGCACUGAAGACAGAAAGGUCCCUACAGAGGAGGGGGAACGCUUGGCCAAGGAGCAUCAGCUCAUGUUUUAUGAAUGUAGUGCUGCCUCGGGCCACAAUGUCUUGGAAUCCAUGGUCAGCUUAAUCAGGUUGCUCAAAGUUCGUGAAGAUGAAUUGAAAAAUAAAGCAGCAGAGGUACCAAAGCCACCCCAGAAGAAAAAGGGCUGCUGCUAGUCAUGGACAGACCCCCCUGCCUCCAUGAUCUGAAACUGCAGCGACAGCCAGAAAAGCAUAAAAAUAGCCCUCAGACACCAUCUCUGCUCCCCAUGCGUCUGCCUUGCCUGAUCUCCCUCUG